UACGAUCUGCAUGGCCGUCACUGGUGGGCACACUAUCACCAUUUAGCUUUUGGAAAACAAACACUUUGUGUGUGUGUGGGAGGGGGAUAAAAAGAAAGGCCGUCCACAUAUCGGACGCACGUUAGGGCUGUUGUAUGGCGGGAGGGACGCGGCUGAGGGUGUCAGGCUGCCGGUGUUGUUGGUGUGGACAUCAGCGGCAGAGCCCCCGGAGAGGAGCGCGAUGUUAGCAUGCUAGCUGUGGUCAUGCAGCCCUGACUUGUAUCCACUUGUUGUCCUGCUCGGUUCGCUCAUCAUGGCGACGAACGGGGGCGACCUCACGACAGGAAUGGGGGAAAUCAUCCAGCUGAACGUGGGAGGGACACGGUUCAGCACCUCCAGGCAGACCCUCAUGUGGAUCCCUGACUCCUUCUUCUCAAGUCUGCUGAGUGGAAGAAUAUCCACUCUUCGGGAUGAAACUGGAGCUAUAUUUAUUGACAGAGAUCCUACAGCUUUUGCACCAAUUCUAAAUUUCCUCCGAACCAAAGAACUGGACCUGCGUGGCGUCAACAUCAGCGUUCUGCGACAUGAAGCAGAGUUCUACGGCAUAACUCCCAUAGUGCGGCGCCUUCUGCUGUGCGAAGAACUGGACCGCUCGUCAUGUGGUAGCGUUCUCUUUCAUGGUUACCUUCCACCGCCAGUCAUCCCUGGUCGUAAGUCAAGCUCCGUCCACUCCUGUGACGAGCGCUCAGGCCCCAGUGGAGCAGAAGGGUUACCCCACGGUGGUCCACCUUCAACCCCUCCAAUCCCUGGCUCACCUGGAUUAGAUGACACACACAAACUCGGACCCGACCCUCGCAAGGUGCUCAUUGUAGCAGGACACCACAACUGGAUUGUAGCGGCGUACGCACACUUUGUCAUCUGCUACAGGAUAAAGGAAUCUACUGGAUGGCAGCAAGUGUUCUCCUCUCCUUACCUUGACCGGACCAUUGAACGCAUCGCCCUCAACGCCAAGGUGGUAGGUGGGCCGCACGGAGACAAGGACAAGAUGGUGGCAGCUGCAUCAGAAAGCAGCAUCAUCCUGUGGAGCAUCCAAGAUGGAGGCAGCGGCAAUGAGAUAGGUGUGUUUAGCCUCGGUGUGCCUGUGGAUGAUCUCUUCUUCAUUGGAAACCAGCUGGUGGCUACCAGUCACACGGGGAAGGUUGGAGUGUGGAACGCUGUCACGCAGCACUGGCAGGUUCAAGAUGUUGUUCCCAUCACCAGCUGCGACACAGCAGGAUCCUUCCUCUUACUGGGCUGCAACAAUGGCUCCAUCUACUACAUAGACAUGCAGAAGUUUCCACUGAGGAUGAAAGAUAACGAUCUUCUGGUGACGGAGUUAUAUCAUGACCCCUCCAACGACGCCAUCACCGCGCUGUCUGUCUACCUCACACCCAAAACCAGUGUGAGUGGCAACUGGAUUGAGAUUGCUUACGGGACAAGCAGUGGUGCAGUGAGAGUCAUCGUGCAGCACCCAGAGACCGUUGGCUCGGGUCCUCAGCUCUUCCAGACGUUCACCGUGCACAGGAGCCCCGUGACCAAGAUCAUGCUGUCUGAAAAACACUUGGUCUCAGUGUGCGCUGAUAACAACCACGUCAGGACUUGGACGGUGACACGCUUCCGAGGAAUGAUCUCCACCCAGCCGGGGUCCACACCUUUGGCCUCCUUCAAAAUACUCUCCUUGGAGGAAACUGAGAGCCAUGGCAGCUACUGCUCAGGAAAUGAUAUCGGUCCAUUUGGAGAGAGAGAUGAUCAACAGGUGUUCAUCCAGAAGGUCAUCCCUGUUACCAACAAACUCUUUGUCAGGCUCUCAUCCACAGGGAGAAGAAUCUGUGAAGUCCAAUCUGUGGAUGGGACCACCAUCUCUUGCUUUAUGGUUCGGGAGUGCGAAGGUUCCAGCCGGAUGGGAUCCAGACCACGUCGCUAUCUGUUUACUGGCCACAGCAAUGGUAGCAUCCAGCUGUGGGAUCUGACCACUGCAAUGGACACUGCCAAUAAGGGAGAGGAGAAGAAGAAAGAAGAUGUUGGUGGACCCACAGAAGAAGAACUGUUGCAGCUGUUGGACCAGUGUGAUCUAAGCACCUCCCGCUGUGCCACACCUAAUAUUAGCCCCGCCCCUUCUGUGCUGCACCACCCACGCCUCAGAGAAUCUUGCUCAAGUCUGCAGUUGCAGACCCAGGAAGUCGUCCCAGAGAACCAGGCCACCUACGGGGCUGUGCGGCCCUACAGAGAGAGCCCUCUGCUGGCCCGCGCUAGACGAACAGAGUCCUUCCACAGCAACCGAGACUUCCAUAACUUCAGCUUCAGUCGAGGUGUCCAAGACAGCACCGAUCAGACCACCAGUCAGCCCACUGACACCCGCCGCUCCCUCUGUGACUUUGGGCCUGAGGAGAGCGAGAGGCGGCUGUCGGCCAUGGAGUUCUGGAGCUGCCGCAGUGCCAAUGCCAACAUCGGAGCUUCGACCACUUCCGUCAGGACCAAGGGAGAUGGCGGGAGUCAGGAAUCUCCACGGCAACCCCCUGAUAGCCCCAUUUCAGGAGCAGGUGAUGCCAGGCGUAAAGUGCAACUGCAGUCUGAGGAGGGUGAUGUUGUGGGAGAUGGGAUCAAGGCGGAGGGAAGUGCGAAAAAGAGGGGAGUGCUGGAUGUUGGCUUUCUAGGGAGGAAGAGGGCGCCACCGGUGCCCCUUCUGUCCUCUGGCUCUGAAGGUGGAGGCAGCGACUCCUCGACUAACGCUUCUCCAUCACCAACCAAACUGGCGUCCUCCACCUCGCCACGACACAGGAAGUUAGACAUAGAGUCAUCCAGUCAGGACAGCAGCCUCUGA